AUGGCUCAUGCCAGCGAAGGGGAACGCAAGGCACGUGCGCGCUCUGGAAACUCACUUGCCGACAUCUACCCGAAGACGCCCCCCAACAGCCCGCGCAUGGCUGUUUCAAAAGCUGUUCCGAUUGAGCAGAUAUCCAUUUUAGAGAAGCUGAACACUACCUGCGCGAACACAAUCAUCGACUCUCGCUGCUACGAUAGCGAUGUGCACAACCUCAUUGAGUAUUAUAUAUGGAAUUUUCACCCGGAGGUUUUAGACGUGAAGGCCAGUGGGGGAAAGGCCCCGUUCUGUCCAGGCCAUUUGUGA